AAUUAAAAAACAAACAAAUCUACACAAAUGAUGAACAAGAAAGUCACAAUAAUAAUAAAAAGCCGAAAAGAAAGGAAAAAAAAAAACAAGAUCCACCUCGAACCUCUCUCCACUCUCCCACUACAUUCCAAUCCAAUCACAAUCACCCUCUCUUCUCUCACAACAACAACAACACCACCACUAUCCUCACCCCCUUGUUGUCUCCCAAACCCCAUCCCCAAUUAUCACUCUCUAUAAUCCUUCAAUCAAAUUCCACAAAUUGAUUCUCUCUUCACCACCACCACCAUCACCACCACCACCGCCUUGAACAAAACCAGUGCUUGAUUCAUCACACACAUACACCGAACUCUGUGUGUGUCAGAUUUUGAGAAUCCAAUAAUGAGAGAAGACGAUUCAAAUUGGUUUUCACGAUGGGAAGAACAACUACCUCCACCGGAAGAACUCAUGCCUUUAUCACAAACCCUAAUCACUCCUGAUCUCGCUAUAGCUUUCGAUAUCAGAAACCCUCACACCACGAACACUAUCAACGCUAAUCCGCAACACCAACAACAUCAUCAACAACAACAGCAACAACCUCCACCUUCUUCUCUUCCUUCCUCAACCGAUUUCGCAGAUUCCGGCGAACUCGGUUCCGGUACAGCCGGUGAAGAACCGGCCAGGACACUCAAAAGACCACGACUUGUAUGGACCCCACAACUCCACAAACGUUUUGUCGACGCUGUAGCGCACCUCGGAAUAAAAAACGCUGUUCCGAAGACGAUAAUGCAGCUUAUGAGUGUUGACGGUUUAACCAGAGAAAACGUGGCUAGUCACUUGCAGAAAUAUCGGCUUUAUCUCAAACGCAUGCAGGGAAUUUCCUCCGCCGGUGGCGGUGGUUCUGGUGGUGGCUCUGUCGGAGUCAAUGACCCUGCCACCGACCAUCUAUUUGCUAGCUCACCUGUGCCACCGCAUUUCCUUCACCCGGUUGCUAGGCCGAAUUCCGAUCACUAUAUGCCUUUUGUUCCUGUACCUGCCAUUCACCAUCAGCAGCAACUGGCUGCUGCUCAGUAUCACCGGCCGGUGGGACAUUUCGGGUCGCCGCCGAAUGGUCAUUUUGACAAUCCAUUCUUGUCUAGACAACAACAGCAUCAACAGCAACACCAACACCAGCAACAGCUUCAUAGGAUUGGGGCACAAAUGCAUCAUAACCCUGUUGGUGGUUAUGUGGAGGAUAUGGAAUCAGCGAAUGCGUCGGGAGGGAGAAAGGUUCUUACUUUGUUUCCAACUGGAGAUGAUUGAAUUUGGAUAAUAAUUAUACAUAUUGAUCUGGUUUGUCUCAUUAGUUGCAUUGGGCCUUCAAUUGUCUUGAGUUAAUGUUAGGUCAUUGCUGGUGUAUUUAAUGUUUGGUCAGGUUCUUAGUUGUUAAUUUGUGUUAGGCUCAUUGGUUAUCUCGGUGUUUAUGUUACUAAUUGGUAUUGGAGUCUAUAUUCGAAGUUAAACUAUGCAGAUCCAAAAGCUCUUCCGGUCUUUUAUGGAGUCCUAUAAAACAGAAAAUUCCUUCUACAAUUACCCUGUUCGUGGCGGUCUAUGUAUUCUGCAUCGGCUUCUGGUGACUGACAUUCAUCAUGAUGUCACUUAUGGGAGAGGUUAUGCUUAUGCCUGUCUUUGAAUCAGUAGUUGUGUUGUCUGGUAUUUAAGGCUUCCUCUAUGUUGUUUUAUCCCAUGGAUGUCUGGUAGUUCGGCUGCACCGCAAUUGUAAUUCAGAGUAUUACGGUUUGGGAAGUUUUGAAUUGGUAUUCAUGGCAGAGUUGUAAAAGCUGCAAGUUUGGUAUUUAUCUCUGCAGAAGGACAUUACCUCGGCAGAUACUAAGAGAAGCAUAUCUGAUUGGCACAUAUGAUUGUGAAUUCUUCUAAAUUUGGGAGCCUCUAUUGUGAAGGACUUGUCUCUUUUGUGUCCCGUCGUGUCCUAUAGAGGUGAGUUGUACAUUGUUUGAUUCUAUAGAAAAGACUCAAAGGGCAGUUGUUUAAAAUUCUAAUCUUACUCCAAUGCGAGGUUAAUUUCUCUAUGCUAGAUCAAAGUAAAACUAGUUUCUUCAGUUUCCGAGUAAACCCGGCUUAAAAGAAUACAAUAAGCUCAUCUUAGUUGUGUAUUUCUUCUUAUUUGACUAUCAAUUUGCUUAUAACCAGUCUCUUAACAUACUAUGUUUUUGAGGCAUAUUAAUGUUCCAAGUUCCAAUUGUUCAAAUUGACUUUCUUGUUCUAGUUUUGGAUAACAUAUCGAUGUGUACUUAAAUUGAGAGACUAUUGGAUUUGGAAUACAUUAAUGUGGCGUUCUGUUAGAA